AUGGAGAUCUUUCAAGAUGGAGAGCUUGAGGCGGAGAUGAACAAGCGCGAGUUAAAUACCAACAGUCUUGGAAGCUGGUGGAAGCUUUUUAAUGAAACGUACGAAGAGAUGGUGCAAUCCAUUGCGAAUCCUGUUCGUGCCGAGUAUUCUGUCCGUGAAUUGGGAGAUCGACAAUUUACACUAGACACUGACGGUAGUGAGUGCCACGAGUUUGUGCGGGAAGACUUUUAUCUGCCAAAUAUCCGAGGAGAACAAUUGGCCUGUAGUUUUUGGCGUCGUAGAGAGGUUAGAAAUGCAGAUCCGAUUGUAGAUUUGGCGAGUUCAUUCUCGUCGACGCCGAAGGAAAAGAUGUCGGUUGGGUGCUCGAUGGGUGACAAUGCCAGCACGAACAGCAGCUGCAAUCCCAGUUGGAGAAGUCAGCACACCAAUGGGUCUCUUGAUGUAGACCCGUGCAUCAUAUAUGUGCAUGGCAUGUCCAGCUCACGAAAAGAGUGUGUUUACUUUCACCGCAAAGUAUUGGCAAGAGGGUUCUCGUUAUUUGCAAUGGACUUGUCAGGAUCGGGGCUUUCCGGUGGGGAUAGUGUCUCAUUUGGGUAUUUUGAAUGCGAUGAUGUACGUACGGUCGUGGACUAUCUGUAUGCUACUGGACGCGCAUCUGCUGUGGGUAUCUGGGGCCGCGAUAUUGGAUCUGCAGCGGCAUUGCUGCAUGUAAAAGAGCGCAUGCCAUAUUAUUAUACAACCUUGAUAGUCUCAAAAAGCGAUGCUGUGAAGCUUGAUAUUGUCGAGAACGAAGCCGAUCAUCACAUAUUGUGUGUUCCUCCAUCGAAGGGAUUAAAUUUCCGGCUCAAUAAGUACAGUGCUGCACAUGGCGACUUUGUGUUGCUUGCUAUUGACACCAUUCCUGUACAGGGACUCAGUGCAGCAACGUGCUACCGUCUUAUUCAGCAGAGUUGCAACACAAAUGGCGGUAAAGCACGUUUACAGGGAUUUAAGCGCUCUUCUCGCAAAUCUGGAAACGAUAAUUUUAUAUUUGCGCUAACAGCAGAUUGUGGCUAUGGAGAUAUGGAGCAAGUCAUUUGGGACAUGCUGCAGAUGAUCACCAAAAGCGCUGAGCGACGCAGUCUAUUCCUUCCAUCUGCGAUGGUCACAGCAGUGCAGAAGAUUCUGUCAAACUCAAUUGGUAAGGCAGGAGGGUUCGAUUUCCGUAGCGUGCGCUUGCUCGAUGCAGUGCCACACUUCACGCUUCCUUGCCUCUUCAUAAGCGCUUCGAAGAAGGAUUUCUUCAUGCCGGAACACACUAAAACACUGUGCAACAGGUAUGGUGGGUCCAAGAGCUACACUCAAUUUACAGGUCAGAUUGAUGACAACCGGCCAGUCGAAGUCCUGGAUACAGUCAUUUCUUACUUUAGCAAGCGAUUUAAACUGCUAAAGAAGUGA